AUGAUUCGAAUUCGAACAUGGUUAAAGGAGCAGAAACUGCUGAAUCUAAUUACAAGAAGCUCACCAGCAAGAUGGAUGAGCAGCAGUACAGUCGUAAUGAGCUUUGGGGAUGGAAGCCAUGGAGCUCUGGGACUGCCUACUUCUCUGAUAGGCCACGGUAUGGAUGCUUAUGAGCCCACCGCCGUCCCUGGUCUUCCUUCUGAUAUCACCUCACUCAGUGCGGGACACUACCACUCACUUGCCGUCACUUCUCAUGGACAGAUCUGGGCAUGGGGUCGCAACCACGAAGCCCAGCUCGGCCGCGGCCUCCUUUCUCCUAGAGAUACAUGGAAUGAACCAAAGAGAGUAGAAGGGUUGGAUCAAGUGCAAGUCGCUGCUGCAUUUGCAUCUGGUGUUGUCUCUGCGGCAAUAGGAGAUGAUGGGUCUUUGUGGGUUUGGGGAAAGUCUAAGCGUGGACAGCUUGGUCUUGGCAAAGGUAUCAUAGAGGCUUCGGUGCCUUCCAAAGUGGAAGCACUUGAAGGUGAAAAGAUAGCUAAGGUAUCAUUUGGUUGGGGGCAUUCUCUGGCGCAGACUGUGGAUGGAAAAUUGUUUGGCUGGGGUUAUCUGGCUGAUGGUAGGUUAGGAAAGAUGGGUGGCCUUGUAGAGGCGUCUCCACUUGAUUCAAGUAUGGAUGUAGUUAAACAUGCAGUACAAACCACACAAUCAACAAUGGAAGUUGCUGAAAGACUGGUUUUAGAAGGAAUGGAGAAAGAAAAAGACAUGCCAAUACUUUGGGAUCCUUGUUCUGUGGAAGAACUAAAAGGUGUUGAAGUAGUAGACAUUGCAUGCGGGCUUGAUCAUUCUUUGGUUCUUCGCCGUGAUGGCACUCUACUAAGCUCCGGCAGCAAUAUAUAUGGACAGUUGGGGAGGGCAAACCAUGAAAUAGGAUUGUUUCCGGUUGAUAUAAGCUUCCCACCGUCGGCUAUAGCAUCAGGCCUUGGCCAUUCUCUGGCAAUUUGCCAAGUUAAAUCAGCAAAGGGUAAAGGCGACGCCUCAAGUAUCGUUUCGUGGGGAUGGAAUCAGAGUUCCCAGCUAGGAAGGUCAGGGGCAGAGAAUGUUCCAAUGGAGGUUGAGGGAUUGGCAGGGGAAACUCCUAUUUUAGUGUCUGGAGGGCGAGCUCAUUCCAUCGUUCUCACAGCUAAAGGAGAGGUGUGGGUUUGGGGCUGUGGUAGGGACGGCAGGCUUGGGUUAGGGAGCUCUUGUGAUGAAGCUGAACCAAUUAUGCUCGACAGUCUAGAAGGUUGUGAAGUUUUGCAAGUAAGGUGUAGCGGUGAGACUCCGAUUCAUCGACUGAGAGAGAUGCUGGAAAACCCUACACCUGCUGUCGCAUCUCCUCCUUCAGAUUCCACGACUUUCCGAUUUUGUUUCGCUGCAGAUCGGUUUGAUCGAGGUAAUAGUGUUUAUCCAAAUGAUGGAGAGAAGAAUCAGCAACAAGCACAUGGUAAUCCGAGAAAUAAUAUUCCAGUAGGAGAUCAUGGUGAUACAGGAAGCAGCAGGCUCCUCAGUGACAACCCUCGUCCCAUUUUAAUACCUUUGGAAGGAUGUUGUCGCAGUGACGCUUCUCAGCUUCUGAAUGAUCGUUGGGCUGCAACAAUGCAUAGCCUCAAUGAUACAUCAAUAGAUUUAUCUGCGCUAGUGUUUUCAUCUAGUUACCAGGAUUGCACAGGUCCUUUAUGUUUUAAUGGUAGUGUCUGGUGCCAUCAGCAUUGCUUUGAUGUCUUUCUGAUAUCCAUCAGUGUCUUUCUGGUGGCUGAAACCUAUGCUGCUAUAGUUAAAGUUGUCAAAAGGCCCAAAUCUGGCCCGUCUCAAGUGGAUAGCUUUUUGCAACUUUACUUCUACAUUUUAGAAAGACCAGUUAUGUAUCCAGGAAGCAGCACAUCUGCAUGGGGACAAUUUAAACUCCCUCAUCAGAUAAUGUCUCCAGUGAACAGUGUUGGAGCUCAUAGUCCACAGAUGGACUUCUUAAGCGAACUUCGCCGUGCAAUGCAGAAUGCCAAAGCCAGUUAUGAGAACUAA